AUGGCCAUUUUAUCGCGGAACAGCACGACCCAGCUGCCGCUGUUUGACAUUCGACUCCGCACAAACGACCGCAAUGUCGUUGUCGUCAAAGGCUCUCCCGACGUGGCACCGUCGGUCCAAAUCGCAGGCGCAAUUGUCCUCGCUACCGUGGAGCCCAUCUCCAUCAAACGCAUCCAACUUAAGUUAUACGCGACCCUGCGUCUCGACUGGUCAGAGAACAUCACCACGCCGCGAGGACCCCAGGUCCGCAACCACAAGUACGAGAAGCAGCUCUACGAGAAGACAUGGGACGACAUCUGGGCGCCGUUCCAAGCAUCGUCCAACACCCUGCGUCAGGGCAAUCACGAGGUCCCGUUCGACUGUAUUCUUCCCGGUGAGAUUCCCGAGAGUAUCGAGGGUCUGGAAGGAGGAAUGGUGGUGUGGAAGCUGGCUGCCACGAUUGAGCGUGGCCGGUUCUCCAACAACAUUGCAAAAAAACAACAUCUACGAGUGGUUCGGACUCUUGGACAUGACAAUGUUGAGCUGACGCAAACCAUGUCCAUCAACAACGUGUGGCCCAACAAGGUGGACUACGAGUUUUCGUUGCCGUCAAAGGCUGUGGCUGUGGGCUCAUCGACCCCCGUGCACCUUUCCAUGACGCCACUGCUCAAGGGACUGAAGCUGGGGUCCAUCAAAAUGACGCUGGUGGAGAUCUCCGUGCUGACCACCCCGUUUGGCCACAACAAGCAGGUAGAAAAGGUGGUGGCCAACAAGACGAUCGAGGCGACAGCCGACGGCUACGAGGGCCACGACUUGUGGGAGGUUGACGACUUUUUCCCUAUCCCGCCGUCGCUCUCCAAGGUGACGCAGGACGCCGAGGUGCCCAAUCUCAUCAAGGUGACGCACAAGUUCAAGUUUGUUGUUGGCCUGAAGAACCCCGGUGGGCACACGUCGGAGCUUCGAGCUUCCCUGCCUAUCCACAUUUUCAUCUCGCCCAACGUUGCUGUUUCAUCGCAUAAUCCCGAUCCUGAAACUAACGGAGGCGCUAGCCAAACAGAGGAGGAUACGCUGUUUAGCAACACCGGUGGCUCGUCCAACAACGAAAACCUGUUGCUAGAAGACGCGCCACCCACGUACUCGGACCACAUUUAUGACCGGCUGUGGUCGGAGAUUUCCAUUUCGGCACUCAACACACCCAUGGCUUCGGGCGCCAAUACGCCGAUCGUGUCGCGGCGCAACUCACUGGACAUGGAUGCAUUGGCGCCCAACCUCGCGGCAAUGUCGAUGGACAACUUGUUCCACCGCGCGCACCCGCCUGUGUCUCACAAUGGCUCGUCUGUGCCGUCCGUGCCCGGUUCGCCCUCCCCUGCAUCUGGCGGCCAGGACUACUUUUCUAUUCCGCACGAGACGUCUGUGCCAUCGACACCCGGAGUGGUGAUGCGGGGCUUUGACAGCGGCUCUGGGCUGCCCAGUCAGCAUAACAGCACCACGGACCUGGAGUCGUUGUCGCGGGUGCCUUCCUACGGCACUGCUCUCAAGUCUCCGGCUCGUCAGACCAUCGAGGAGUCGCCGUACUAUCCCUCUAGCGAUGCAAAUAGAGGGGUGCGGCAAACAUUAUCCCCUGGUGCUGGUGCUACGGCUUCGUCUGGAUCUUCUCCUCGACUGCCGUCUUCUCCUUCGUUUUCAGGCAAGGUGACGCCCAACGGGUCUAAGAACCACAGUCGCAACGGGUCGGCCAUGCAGACGCCGUUUUCCCAGAGCAUUUCAAGUUUCCUCACCAGGAAUCAUUCGUCCAGGAGUUUGUUAGAAGAGGCAAGCAAGAAGCUAAAGAAGCCAGCUUAG